GUGGAAAAAGUGCUAAAGCUAAGCUACGUCGGGUCUCGCUCUGUGUCAUGUAGUCAAAAUUACUCCCCUCUGUCUUAAUGAAGGCGAGACGAGGCUGAUUGCAAAAUGGAUUUACGAAACAUCACGGACGAGGCUCCGUUGUUGCAGGCCAUAUUCAGCAGAAACACAGAAGAGGUUGCGUUUCUUUUGAGCCAUAAUGAAGACGUCGAUGCACUGGACGAGGAGCAGAGCACGCCACUUCAUGCUGCUGCAUAUUUGGGUGAUGUCCAGAUAAUGGAACUUCUUAUUUCAUCAGGUGCUGAUGUCAAUGCCAAGGAUCGGUCUCUAUUGACACCUUUACAUCGAGCAGCAGCAUCUAGAAAUGAAAGGGCUGUGGAGUUGCUGCUUAAACAUGGGGCAUUCACUGAGCCACAGGACAAAUACGGACACACGCCGUUGCACAUGGCGGCUGCUAACUGGGCUAUUGGCUCCACAGAGAUCCUCAUUUCUCAUUUAUGCAACGUCGAUGCUCCAGACAAGUUAGGACGCACACCUCUUCAUCACGCAGCUCAUAGUGGACAUACAGAGAUGGUGAGCUUGCUCCAUAAUAAUUCUGCAAAUAUUGAAGCCAAAGACAACAAGGAGAGGCAGCCGGUCCACUGGGCAGCAUAUCUGGGGCAUGUGGAGGUGGUGAAGCUACUUCUCUCUCAGGGUGCUGAUGUGAUGUCCAAAGACAAGCAGGGUUACACACCUCUGCACGCUGCUGCUUCCAGUGGACAGAUUGAUGUCGUCAAAUAUCUGCUCAAACUGGGAGUCGAGACCGAUGAACUGAAUACAUGUGGAAACACAGCUCUGCACGUGGCCUGUCUGAUGGGGCAGGACGCGGUGGCCAAUGAGCUGGUAAACUGCGGAGCAAACAUAAACCACCCAAACCGCAGCGGAGACACGCCCCUGCACCUGUCGGCCGCGUCUUCCAACGGGACCCUGUGUCUCGAGCUGCUCAUUAACAAUGGGGCUGACCUCAGCACACAGAAUAAAGAAGGGAAGAGUCCUUUACAUAUGGCAGCUAUGCACGGCCGCUUCUCUGCAUCUCAGAUCCUUGUUCAAAAUGGGAGUGAGGUGGACAGCGCGGAUUAUUUCGGGAACACUCCACUUCACACCGCAGCUCGGUACGGACAGGAGCUGCUCAUCAGUACACUACUGACCAACGGGGCUGAUAAAAACAGACAGGGCAAUAAUGGGAUGCUUCCUCUCCAUUUAUCAUCACUCUAUGGGUUUCCUGAUUGUUGUCGAAAGCUGCUGUCUCCAGGCCAACUGUACAACAUCAUGCCGCCUUUGAACCAAGAGCAGAUCAGUGGGUUUGAUAUAAACACUCAGGACGAACAUGGGAGGACCUGCCUGCACGCUGCUGCCUCUGGAGGGAACGUUGACUGUCUAAACCUGCUGCUAAACUGUGGUGCUGACCUGGAUGCAAGGGACAAUUUGGGGAGAUCUCCCCUCCACUACGCUGCAGCAAAUGGGAACAGUCAGUGCACCGUGUCCCUGGUCCGAGCGGGGUCAGAGGUCAAUGAGAGAGACCUGAUGGGGUGCAGUCCUCUGCACUAUGCCGCCGCUUCCCUCACCUUCUCUGGAGAGGAGACAGAUGCAGAUCCUGACUCGUAUUUGGAGAAAGAGCGAGAAGCCUCUUUAUGUUUGGAUUAUUUACUGGACAGUGGAGCAGAUCCCACUUUGAAGAACAGUAAAGGAUACAGCGCGGUCCACUACGCUGCAGCUUACGGCAACAAGCAGCAUCUAGAGCUGCUCCUGGAAAUUUCAUUCAACUGUCUGGAGGAAGUAGAAAGUAAUUUUCCUGUCAGUCCAUUGCAUCUGGCGGCGUACUACGGUCACUGUGAGGCCCUGAGUCUCCUUUGUGCGACUCUGGUCAGUCUGGAUGUUCGGGAUGUCCAGGGGCAGACGGCGCUGCACUUGGCUGCUCAGAGAGGCCACUCCUCCUGUGUGAACGUCCUGCUCAAACACCAGGCGUCUUACACAGUCAGAGAACACAGACACAAGAGGACCGCACUACACGCUGCAGCGGCCGAGGGGCACAUGGACUGUCUGCUGCUGCUGGUGAACGGGGAACACAGCGCCGACGUCAUCGACCUCGCAGACACACAGGGACAGACGGCUCUGAUGCUGGCGGCUCUGGGUUGUCACACAGACUGUGUUCAUAUUCUUUUGGAGAAAGGAGCCAAACCCGACACAUCUGACAAGAAGGGCUUCACCGCACUGCACAGAGUGUCCAUGUUGGGCAGUGAGGAGUGCGUCUCUGCUCUCUUGGACCAUGGUGCCUCCGCUCUGUGUCGAGACUCUCAGGGAAGGACUCCACUGCACCUCGCUGCCUCCUGUGGCCACGCGGGGUUACUGCACCUGCUGCUGAAGGCGGCUGUGACCUCAGACCCCCUGGACUCCAUGUUGGACUUCAGAGGAUACACGCCGACGCACUGGGCAGCUUACCAUGGGCGUGAAAAAUGCUUACAGAUUUUACUUGAAAACAAACUUGAAAGCAACCAAGAAGGAAACCCUUUCUCUCCUCUGCACUGUUCACUAAUAAAUGGCCAUGAUGAAGCUGCUAAACUUAUUUUAAAGACUAUUGGCCUAAAAAGUGUCAACAUGCAGGACACAAAAGGAAGAACUCCGCUCCACGCUGCGGCAUAUUCAGGAAACCUCUCAGGGCUGGAGCUGCUGCUUUCCCAGGGGGCAGAGGUCAAUGCUGUGGACCGCAAUGGCUGCUCUACCCUGAUGGUGGCAGCAGAGAGUGGACAGACCAUGGCUGUGGAGUUUUUGCUGCACAAAGCCAAACCCGACCUGACUCUGAUGGACUCCAAUAACAACACAGCCCUUCACUUGGCCUGCAGCAAGGGUCAUGAGAUGUGUGCGUUGUUGAUUUUGGGAGAAAUCAAUGACUCGUCUCUCAUAAAUGCUGCCAACAAUACUUUACAAAUGCCCCUCCACAUCGCAGCGAGACAGGGCCUGGCCACAGUGGUGCAGGUGUUACUGAGCAGAGGAGCCGCUGUGAUGGCCGUCGAUGAAGAAGGUCGUACUCCAGCUCUGGCCUGUGCUCCCAACAAGAACGUGGCCGACUGUCUGGCUCUGAUCCUGUCCACCAUGAAGCCUUUCCCUCCCAGAGAAGCGAUGGUGAACAGCACGCCCCAUUUUAGCCCCAUCCUCAAGAACUGUGGCAUCGCUGCUACCUGAAACACAACGUAACAACUUUAUAAACUUAUUUAAACUUAAGCACAAGCAGGUCUGACCGAGAUGCUACGCUCCCAGGACAAAACCACUGCAGUUAUGUCAAAGGGAUUCUGACCGCUCCCUAACUAGUCUUACUAAUUUUAACCGCUACAUUUUAACUAGUGUUUUCCUGUUGCAUAUUAUAGUGAGAAAGUGGAAAAUUUUAAUAUGAAUGAAUAUUUAAAAAGCACAUUAUUACUAUCCAAAAAGAGAUACAAUACUGUUUUUAUGUUGUUCUAUAUUGACUACAAGGGCAGAAAUACCCAGAGUGCCUUUCCACUGGUUGGCAUUGUGUGUGGUAGUGGGUGGAGCAUUUUUGUUUUGUUAUAGUAAUAAUAAUAAUAAUGUAAUAAUAGUGUAAUAAACAAUGGGACAGCAAGUGAAGGGUUAGCAGGGUUAGCAGGUCUAUGUUGUUGCCUAUUUAUAAGGCCUUGUAAACAAUUUUUAACUAUGAUAGAAGAACAUAUCCUGGUGAAACACUUCCUCAAACUACAUCUCAGGCUAAACUCAGACAGAGCCGUCCAAUCAGGUUUGUUUAUUUCAGUCACACCUGGGAAACGGACAGGUUCAUUGGUCAUCUAUCAGUCAGAACAGAAUCAACGUUUCUCACCUCAGAUUAACAGUUUGUUUUCUGUCUUAUGCGUUUCUCUGAUUGGCUAAUCCACCUGUCAGUCACACCCAUCUGAACUAGAUAUGUAAAGACUGGAGCCAAGACUACAUAUCGUUAGAAGCAGGAAAAGUUAUUGUUCUGGCUGCUACUGCUAUUGCUAUUGCUAUUGCUAUUGCUAUUGCUAUUACUUUUGGAAGUAGACUGAUAGAUGGAUGUAUUUGUCACAUACAACGUUACAAAGACAUUUUAAUAACAUGUACUUAAAUUCAGUUCUAUUCAGUUUCAUUUAAAUAACAUAUUUAAAAACUAGCAGUACAAUAAAAUAAAAUAAAUUAAAACGUACCCACUUUGAACCAGCCCAUGCCAUACCAGUCCAGUGGAAGGAGGCUCUCAUAGCAAUGUCUUUUUAUAUUCACAUUUUAACACAUUUAUCUAUAAAACCCACUAUGUAACAGGUGCUAUUAACACUUAUGCAACUUCCAAGCCUCUAUUUUCUUAGUAUGUACAAACUUUUAACUAUCACCUUGUUUUGAUUGUGACUUCCUGGAUGACUGAGACUCCACAUGUGUAGAAAUGAUUAAUUAACCUAUAUUUUAGUGUCUGUGGAUGCCUGUAAAAGUGUAAAUGCAUUUAUACAUAAGCAUAUAUAGCAGAUCCAAAUCUAAUGUCCAACCUCAGGUGUAUUGUAAUGUAAAAAGCACAAGAACAAAAAAAAAAAUGAAGAAGUUUAUUUUAACGCAGAUAUUUUAGACUGAAGUAACCGACUAUGCCUCUCCAUUUCCACAAUAUAAGAUCCAAGAUUAUUGCACCUAUAUUAUUAUGUCUUUUAACUAUGUUUGGGUUUCAGAUGACAUCGUAACAGUCUGUAGGCCAAUAAUAUCGAAUACUGAUGGGGGCAACUAAAAUAAAUAUUGUGAAAAUGCAGAUAUUGCUGCAGUCAGAUCUAAUUUUUUAAGUUUGUUUGUUAAGUAAGGAAGAAGAAGAAAAAAUCCUUAUACCUUUUCAUAUGCUAAAGCUUUUGAAACCAAUAACCAAAUAAAGAAAGUGAGAGCACCCCAAAAUGUAUUUUACUUGAAAAUUAUUCAAAAACCAAGUAUAUAUCGUGAUUAAACUACAGUGAUUGAAGUACAGUGUGUAACCCAUUAUUACCCACUUCUGAUAGAAACCUGUUUGUUUUGUUGAGUCGAUUGUUUACAACCCAAAGAUGCAAGAAAGUAGUUAAAGGUGCACCUUGUAACUUUUCUCGUGGUGGUCCAACAUUUGCUUGUCUCCAUGGAGAUGGUUUUUGUUUUGUUUUGUUUGUUUUUUGCCUAGAAACUUCCACAGUACUCAUGAGUACCAGCUUCGCGUUUAUAGGUGAUAUUUUAAAAACUUUAUACCAUUCAAAAGAUGUAAUACUUUUGAAUUGCUUAUUGCUAUGGCAUCAGUUUUAAAAUUUUCAUCACUCUGAAUUUUGAAAGUAACAGAUAGUGUUAAACAUAUCUAUCUUGUAUUUUUUCAAGUACUAGUGUUUUUAUAGCUCAAAAAUGCCUUGAUACACAUGCAUUCUUGCUGUGAGUAGAGUCACCUCUCCAGAGAUCUGACCUGUAACUUGGCCUAUAGGGGGUCAUUUCCUUGUCUCCAUGGAGAUGGACAAGUUUAAUGCUAUACUGUGGUACUUUCAAGACAAAAAAUCUUGGCAUCUCUAUGGAAGCCAAUUUGCCAAACCCGACACCUGAAAAGUUACAAAGUGCAGCUUUAAUAUGAUGUUAGAGUAGCUAAUGAAUUGUCUUUGUACUAUGUUUAUGUUAAAAUUGUUAGUAUUAUUUUGGCAUUUCUUUUGAAGGAAUCAAUAGUGCGUGUACGGUAUACUGUGGUUCUCAAACAAACCGUGACUAAGCCAGGAGAAUUCAUAAAAUGUGUUCUCUAACUCAUGGUUCUCAGCUUUCUGUUAUAUGGUGCCACCAGGACGGUUGACCAUUCAAAAUAUUUAAUCUUGAAUUAUUAAUUUCUGUAGAAACUGUCCUAAUUUUUCAUCAUUCUGGACCGAUGGAUACUUAAACUACCACAUCUCGAGAACCACUUUUAUAUCCUGCUUCACACUAUCAGAAAAAAACAUUGUGAUUUUAUAGAACCACUACUAAUUUAAAUGGAACAAUUGUUAUGAAGUUUCUGAAUAGGCCUGUAGAGCAGAGUGCAUGAAUGGUGAUGUGCCUGGAUUGUGAUUCUGAACACAAAGCUGUAGUCUGUACAAUUGUUAAUUUCUGUUUUUAUCUUUUGUUGUUUGUAAUGUGUACACAGAUAAAAUGUUUUCAAUUCUU